CAUUGUGAGGCCGUGGAGCCGCUGUCUCUUUAAGAGGCUGGUGAGGGGGGAGGGGAGAGUGUCUGAGAGCUGAGCCCAGCCCAGAGAGACAGCUGGGGGCAGAGAGACAGCCGGGGACACGGAGAGACAGACAUGAGACAUCUGCACUGACCGCAGAGAGGGGCCCCUGUACCCCUGACCUCCCCGGCCUAUCCGGGAGGGGGCAUCCGAGCGCUGCGGCCUGAACAUGUCUCGUACUUCCUCUGGCAACGAGCGCAUCAAUGACACGCCUGGCUCAACGCGCUCUGAGAAAGGGUCCACCUCCUGGCCACCACGUCCACCUGGAGCGCGUGCCAGAAGCUCAGCCCCUGAGGAGCCUCAUGUUGGAAAUUACAGACUCCUAAGAACCAUUGGGAAGGGAAACUUUGCAAAAGUGAAGCUGGGGAGACACGUCCUAACUGGAAGGGAGGUUGCUAUAAAGAUUAUUGACAAGACACAGCUGAACCCCAGCAGUCUCCAGAAGCUUUUCCGUGAGGUUCGAAUCAUGAAAGGACUCAACCAUCCAAAUAUAGUGAAGCUGUUUGAAGUGAUAGAGACAGAGAAAACGCUCUACCUGGUUAUGGAAUAUGCUAGUGGAGGAGAGGUGUUUGAUUAUUUGGUGUCUCAUGGUCGAAUGAAGGAAAAAGAGGCCCGUGCAAAAUUCCGUCAGAUUGUCUCUGCAGUCCACUACUGUCAUCAGAAGAACAUAGUGCAUAGGGAUCUCAAGGCAGAGAACCUCCUCUUAGACUCAGAUGCCAAUAUAAAGAUUGCAGAUUUUGGUUUCAGUAAUGAGUUCACCCCUGGUGGGAAGCUCGAUACUUUCUGUGGAAGCCCCCCAUAUGCUGCGCCUGAGCUCUUCCAGGGCAAGCGAUACAAUGGCCCUGAAGUGGAUGUCUGGAGUUUGGGUGUAAUUCUGUACACGUUGGUCAGUGGCUCACUUCCAUUUGAUGGCCAGAACCUCAAGGAACUGAGAGAGCGGGUUUUGCGGGGGAAAUAUCGAGUCCCAUUUUAUAUGAGCACAGACUGUGAGAGCGUCUUGCGAAGGUUCUUGGUCCUAAACCCAAGCAAGAGAUGUACUCUAGAGCAAAUAAUGAACGACAAAUGGAUGAAUAUUGGUUAUGACAGUGAUGAUCUAAAACCAUAUCGAGAACCUGAGGAAGAUCAUGCUGAUCCCAAACGUAUUGAGAUCAUGCUGGAAAUGGGGUAUUCUCGAGAGGAAAUCAAAGACGCCCUUAAUUCAAACAAGUACAACGAAGUAAUGGCCACAUACCUUCUGCUUGGACGGAAGGCUGAGAAUGAGGGAGGAGAGACUCGUUCUGAAAGUACACUUUCCUUGUCUCGUACUCGUGUAACCUCAGAUGUCACCAACGGUGCCACCAAGUCGUCAUCGUCGUCAUCGAGUCAUAGCAAAAACCAGAGAGGGUAUCAGCGACAACGGAGGCACAGUGACUUCUGUGGUCCAGCUCCUGCUCCUUCACAAGCUAAACGCAGCCCACCUGGAGUUGGGGAAGAUGGAGCAGUUGGGGAGCGCCUUGCACCCAGGAGGGGCAGUGGAUCAGUGAGUGGGGGCAGCCGGCCUCCCCCUCCCUCCAGCCCAAUGGUUAGCCACGCCCACAACCCAAACAAGGCAGAGAUUCCUGAGCCCCGUAAAGAAGCCCCACCUACUACGGUGAACACGCCCCCGGGUGUGAUGGGCCGCAGGAACACAUAUGUCUGCACAGACCGCCACGGAUCUGAACGCCACUCCCUCCUCCACAAUGGCAAAGAGAACAGCUCAACACCUGCUCGUCCGCCAGCUCCUUCCCCCUCCACACAGAGCAUCGCAGAGCGGAGCUCUCUCUCCCGGGGGUCUAACGUGCGCAGCACAUUCCACGGAGGCCAUGUGAGGGAUCGGCGAGGACAAAACCCACCUCCUAGUUCACCGACCCAUCCCCAUGAGGGGUUAAACCAGAGCCGGACCAGGGCCACCUCAAACCUCUUUAGCAAACUCACGUCCAAACUGACUCGCAGGGUCACAGACGAAUCUGAGAGAGUCCGGCGACCUGAGGUCACAGGUAGCAAUAUACCUUGGAAUAAAACGUCGACCCACACCGGCCUGCUCAGACCUUCCGGGGAUGUGAAGAUGCCCACCCGACGCCCCCCAUUGCCCUCACCGGCCCUCUCCGCUGCUCCCAAGGGACAAUCCCCUCUGGGUGGGCCACUGCGGGGCAAGCUGCGUCCAUUCAUCACCGUUGGGACAGUUGGACAUUAAUAUUGGAGGGGGAGGGGACAUGCUAUCUGGAAAUCCAUUAGGAUGUUGUGGCUUUAAGAUAUGGGACAUGCCCCUUCCUGGGACAACCACACCCCUUUAAUGACAUUGGGAUGCUGUGCCUUUAAGGAUGGAUAACCCCAUUUUUUCUGGACACCCACCCCCUUAGCCAGUGUGGGAGUUGCCAUGGUGUUUAAAGGGAAGGCCACUUUCACUUUUAGCCAAGAAGACACGCCCUUUACAGCGGUGCCACACCUAAUCCUUUGUGGUAGGACUGUGACUUUAAGAGGAAGAACUGUGAUAUCUAGUGGGAGGGGCCUGAGGCAGAGGACCACCCCCUCUCCCAUUUGGUUCCACCCUUACGCUAUUACACCAGGAUAUGCUGGGUCAGUGUUAUAUUUAUUAACAAGCCAAUUAACAAAUCUUUCCCUUUUAAUAAAUCUUGCUACGUUAACAAACUCCCACCCUAACGAGCCUCUUCCCUUAACGAGCGUACUAUUUCUUAAGGUGCUCUCCAUUAAUGAAUGCAGUAUUUUACCCAGUCCUUACAUUAAUGAUUGCUCUUUUACCGAGUUAUAUAUGCACCCUCUUUAUUAAGGUCCUUAACGAAUGCACUGUUAAUGAAUACCCUGGCGAUAACUAAUCACUAGAAACCCACCCCGAUGUGGCUAUAUCCCUUGCCAUAUGCUCAUUACAACACAUAGACUUCCUUGACAAUAUUCUAUUUUUUAAUUUUUUGCAAGUUUUGCAUUCAUAAUAUUUUGUUCCAUUUAAUGAGCCAUUUCCCUUAAUGAAUCCCUCUUAAUGAGGCUCCAAACCCUAAAUUAUCUUGCAUCCUAUUUUCCCUUAACAUUUUUUCUGCCCUUUUUAAUUAUAAAUAAGCUAUUAUAGAGUUAAUCAUGGCCCCUCCCUCUGUGCCUACCAAAACUCUCCCCAUUGGUUGCUGGUCAUGUGGGCGGGGUCUGUAUAUAUGUGCGGGUCACGCAAAUUAUUGUCCCUUUUUAAGGAUUUAGGGAGGAGUGGUCAAAACUGCACACAUAGCAUCCUGUACAAAUUACUGUUUUCCACCCACACACACAGUACACGUGCAACACAGUCACACACACACACACAUGUGCUAAUGACUAUCCAGCACGCACACACAGUACACGUGCAACACACAGUUACACAUGUGCACGCACACACACAUCCUUAUCAAAGCUCUGUUCUACACAUACAUCAUUCUCUACUAAUUACUUUACACACACCAGAAUCCUGACCUACACACCAUCCUCUCCAUGUUCUAGUGUAUUUAUGAAGAGUGCAGAAAGCAGCCCUCCCCCAUCCUCUGUACCCCAAAUCUAUUUAUUAAACUCACCCCAUUGAAACCUA